UUUACAGUCAGUGAGAGUGAAUUACAACUGUGUGACUGCCAGUGCAACUGCGGAAAGAAAGCGAGCGUAAAAAAGCGGGACCGGUUUUCUGUCUACAUAAAAGCACUAUGUUUCUCGUGGCCGCGUCUGCAUCGACCAACACGAUCAACUAGUAUAUAAGGUCCAGAACAUGCCAAGCAGAGGCAGAAAUAUCAAUCAUUUAUCAGGUGGGCUGGUUCCUCUCUGUCUCCUCUCUCAUCUCCUCCGUAACACUUCGCCGCUCCUCAGGAACCGGAGCCAUGGUGCUCUCUUUUCCUCUCCGCUGCACGGUUUUCCUCAACUCCCUCGCACUCCUCCUCCUCUACCUCCCACCGCCCUGCACUCCGGAGUCCCAGAGAGAGGAAGGGCCUGUGACUCCGUCCACGACUACAGAGCCGUAUGACAACGUUUCAGCAACUUACGCAAGCCCCCCGGCUCGCUGUGGCGACGCGGUGGAGUGUAAGCCCGGAAUCCUCCUCCCCGUCUGGGAGCCACUCAACCCUGGACUCGGCAGCAAGGUUGGCCGCGCCAUGGUCUACUUCGUCUUUCUCAUGUACCUGUUCCUGGGCGUGUCCAUCAUCGCUGACCGCUUCAUGGCGUCCAUAGAGGUUAUUACAUCACAGGAGAAAGAGGUGACCAUCACCCUGCCAAACGGCGAGACAUCAGUUGCUACCGUUCGUAUCUGGAACGAGACAGUAUCCAACCUAACACUAAUGGCUCUGGGCUCCUCAGCUCCUGAGAUCCUGCUGUCUGUCAUCGAGGUGUGUGGGCAUGGUUUUCAGUCAGGUGACCUGGGCCCUGGCACGAUAGUGGGCAGUGCCGCCUUCAACAUGUUCGUGAUCAUUGGCAUCUGUGUGUGGGUGAUUCCUGGGAGCGAGGCAAGGAAGAUCAAGCACCUGCGCGUCUUCUUCAUUACGGCCUUCUGGAGCAUCUUCGCCUACAUCUGGCUCUACCUCAUCCUCGCUGUCAUCUCCCCCGGGGUCGUUGAGUUGUGGGAGGCUCUGGUCACUCUCUGCUAUUUUCCAGUUUGUGUAAUCCUGGCAUGGAUCGCUGAUCGCCGGCUUCUCUUCUACAAGUAUAUGGCCAAGCGUUACCGCGCUGACAAACGAACGGGGGUUGUCGUGGAGACAGAGGGAGACAUGACCCCUAAAGGAACGGAUAUGAUGAUGGAUGGCAAGUUUGUACCAAAGAGUUUGGUGGGGGUCAUGACCCCAGAACAAUGCCAGAAUCUCACCGCAGACACAAUGGCAACACUACUGAACUCCAACAGCCCCACUGUUAUCAUGGAAAUUGCAAAUGAACUGGACGAGAGCCGCAAAGAGGUUAUCCGCAUCCUGAAGGACCUCAAGCAGAAGUAUCCGGACAAGGAGCUGGACCAGCUGAUGGAGCUAGCCAAUUACUACGCCCUACUGCACCAGCAGAAGAGCCGGGCCUUCUACCGUGUCCAGGCCACACGCAUGAUGAUCGGCGCGGGCAACGUGCUGAAGAAGCAUGCAGCCGACCAUGCCCGGCGGGCGGCUGUGGGCAGCGAGGAAGGCGUGGCCGAGCAUGAAGACUACACCACCUGCAGCGGAAUUGGCUUCGAGAGCGCCCACAGCCAGUGCAUGGAAAACUGUGGAACGCUGAACCUGGCAGUGGUUUGCCGGGGCGGCACAGGAGACAGCACCUUCUAUGUGGACUACCAUACAGAAGACGGCACGGCCAACGCCGGCUCUGACUACGAGUACUGCGAGGGAACACUCGUGUUCAAACCAGGCGAGACAAGGAAAGAGAUCAAGGUUGGGAUAAUAGACGACGACAUCUUCGAGGAGGACGAGCAUUUCUUUGUGCGUCUGCUGAACCUGCGGGUAGGCGAUGCAGAAGGCAUGUUUGAGAGUGACGAGGCUGGCCAGGGUCCCAAGGGCCGGCUGGUGGAGCCACAGGUGUCCACCGUUACCAUCCUGGACGACGACCAUGCGGGGAUCUUCACAUUCAGCGAGCGUGUAAUGCGUGUGAGCGAGAGCGUAGGCACAAUGGAGGUGAAGGUGGUGCGGAACUCGGGCGCUCGCGGGACUGUCAUCCUGCCCUACCACACCGAGCCAGGAACAGCCAGGGGAGGUGGCGUCGACUACGAAGACGCAAGCGGGGAGCUGGAGUUCACUAACGACCAGACUACUCAAACUAUUCAGGUUAGGAUCAUUGAUGAUGAGGAAUAUGAGAAGCAAGAACAUUUCUUCAUUGUCCUUGAAGAACCUCGCUGGCUGAAGAGAGGAAUCUCAGCUCUGCUGCUGAAUCAAGCAAUUAAUUCCCCCCCCACGACCCCACCCCCUCCGCCGGCUUCUCCAGAGGACCCGGAGGGACCGCUCAGUACCGAAGAGGAAGAGGCCAGGCGGAUCGCUGAGAUGGGCAAACCCAUUCUGGGGGAACAUAGCAGACUGGAGGUGGUCAUCGAGGAGUCCUACGAGUUUAAGAGUACAGUGGAUAAGCUGAUAAAGAAGACCAAUCUGGCCCUGGUAAUCGGCACCCACUCCUGGAGAGAACAAUUUGUGGAAGCAGUGACAGUGAGUGCAGGUGACGGAGACGAGGACGAAGAGGAGGGCCGUGAGGGUCAUCCGCCAUCCUGCUCCGACUACGUCAUGCACUUCCUGACGGUGUUCUGGAAAGUUCUGUUUGCGUGUGUCCCACCCACCGAGUACUGGAACGGUUGGGCGUGUUUCAUUGUCUCCAUCUCCGUCAUCGGGAUGCUGACAGCCGUCAUCGGAGACCUGGCCUCCCACUUCGGCUGCACCGUGGGCCUGAAGGAUACUGUCACUGCUGUGGUGUUCGUGGCUCUGGGGACCUCCAUACCUGACACAUUUGCUAGUAAAGUGGCUGCCAUUCAGGACCAGUACGCCGACGCCUCCAUUGGCAACGUGACGGGCAGCAACGCCGUUAACGUGUUCCUGGGCAUCGGGGUGGCCUGGUCCGUCGCCGCAGUCUACUGGUGGAUUAAGGGCGAGCACUUUCGGGUGGAUCCCGGGACGCUGGCCUUCUCCGUCACCCUCUUCACCAUCUUCGCCUUCAUCUGCAUGGCCGUGCUGCUGCUCCGCAGGCGACCAUCGGUCGGCGGGGAGCUGGGUGGUCCGCGACUGCCCCGCCUCCUCACCACGCUGCUCUUCCUGGGCCUAUGGUUUCUCUACAUCCUCUUCUCCAGCCUGGAGGCUUACUGCCACAUCGAGGGCUUCUAAAUGCUCCCGGAGGGACGGACCCUGGGGGCAGGCCCGCGUAGGACGUAUGUGGGCCAUGGAUAUUUACCAUUCGUCAUAUGGAUACUUCGGAACUAAACACACAGUCGAUUAAGCACAGUCCAGCACAGGCACUGUGGCAGAGAUGUUUGGCUACUGAAGUACUGAAGGCAGAAUUAGAAACUUCUUUUUUUAAGUACAUGCAAGUACUUUAAGUCGAAGGAGAACAGUCUACUCACACAAACACACGUGUGCACACAUUAGGUUGAUUGCACACCUAUAAAUGCACAGUCAUGGCCGUGUAGAAUAUGUAUAAUACCAUGCAGUUUUCAGUGAGAAUCUCAAGAUCAGUGACAUAAAAGAUACGUGGACAGAAAUAAACAUGGAGAAUAUGGAGAAGUAGGUGAGGCGUGAGAGAGAGAGAGAGAGAGAGAGAGAGAGAGAGAGCAUUUUAAAGUAAAAAAGAGGUAUGGGAGGAAUUUUUAAAAGGAAGUACAUGGAGGAACUUCAAAGUUUACAAGGUUAAAGCAGGUAGUGAGAAGGCAAAUGGCCUGUAUACAGAUAACAGAAGGAGAGAAAAGGUAGCCUACCUGGUCUCAGUGCACAGAAUCAUGGGUUUGAAUCCCAG